AUGGUUACUGAUGCCAAAAACAUGGUCCUUUCCCUGGAGGACCCCUCUGCGCGAGACCGUUGGCGAGCCUCCAGCAAGAGCCUAGUUGCGGCCGUGGACAAUGUUGGUCGGGUUGUGGUACCCUCAUACCUCUCCAGCCAGUUUCGUGACUCCAUGACACCUUAUCCUCCACGCUUACACGCAAAGGACACCAGAGACCCUGCUUACGAUACUCCUACUAAGGAGCUGCAACAACUGACCUUACAG